UGCAGGUAUCAAAUAAAAUAUGCUGUUGUCAAUAGGAAUGCUGAUGUUGUCUGCCACUCAGAUAUACACUAUUUUGACUGUUCAGUUAUUUGCUUUCCUGAAUCUCUUACCUGUGGAGGCAGAUAUUUUAGCAUAUAACCUUGAAAAUGGAACCCAGACCUUUGAUGAUCUACCUGCUAGAUUUGGCUACAGACUGCCAGCAGAAGGGCUGAAGGGUUUCCUAAUAAAUUCGAAACCAGAGAAUGCAUGUGAGCCUAUAGCCCCGCCUCCACUGAGAGACAACUCCUCCGGUGCUUUUAUCGUGUUAAUUCGAAGGCUUGAGUGCAACUUCGAUAUCAAGGUUUUAAACGCACAGAGAGCUGGAUACAAGGCAGCCAUCGUUCACAAUGUGGAUUCUGACGACCUCAUAAGCAUGGGAUCCAACGACAUUGAGAUUUUAAAGAAGAUUGACAUUCCUUCUGUCUUUAUCGGUGAGACAUCAGCUAAUUCUCUUAAAGAAGAAUUUACUUAUGAAAAGGGUGGCCAUGUUAUGUUAAUCCCAGAGUUCAGUCUUCCUUUGGAGUACUACUUAAUCCCUUUCCUAAUAAUAGUAGGGAUCUGUCUUAUUCUCAUCGUCAUAUUUAUGAUCACAAAAUUCGUGCAAGACAGACACAGAGCAAGAAGGAAUCGGCUUAGGAAGGAUCAGCUUAAGAAACUUCCUGUACAUAAGUUUAAGAAAGGAGAUGAGUACGAUGUGUGUGCCAUUUGUCUGGAUGAAUAUGAGGAUGGAGACAAGCUCAGAAUCCUUCCGUGCUCUCACGCAUAUCACUGCAAGUGUGUAGACCCGUGGCUGACAAAAACCAAGAAGACGUGUCCUGUCUGUAAGCAAAAAGUGGUUCCUUCCCAGGGGGACUCUGACUCAGAAACAGACAGCAGCCAGGAGGAGAACGAGGUGUCUGAAAACACCCCCUUGCUCAGGCCGCUGGCCUCGGUCAGCACACAGUCAUUUGGGGCUCUGUCCGAGUCCCACUCCCACCAGAACAUGACCGAGUCCUCAGAGUACGAGGAGGACGACAAUGACAACAUCGACAGCAGUGAUGCCGAAAACGGAGUCACUGAAGAAAGCGUGGUGGUUCAGCUGCAGCCCAGCGACGAACGGGAGUACCGGGUGGCAAACACUGUGUGAGACUACUAAUAAUGAGUAGCGUAUGAACAAAAGAGUUCUUGAGGCUAUACUUUACACACCUUUACGUAGGGAAUAUAUUUUAAUCUGUAAUCCAUUUGGUUUCUUCAAUAGGAGCAGCAGUUCAUGUAGUAGCACUAUGGUUAAGUCAUUACCGAUAGAUUUAUUUUUGAUUCGGGUAUUCAGUCACACGUUCUGUCUUCUCAAAAUGAACAGUUUAACUGGACUUCACAAUGCUAAUAAAUAAUAGUUUAU